CUUUGAGCUAUUAUUAUAAAAUAAAAUAAAACUAUAAAAUAAAAAAUAAAAUUAAACCAACAAAAAUUCACUUGCCUUAUUCUAUCUUUCUGCAGUUGUCCAUGAUGAUAAUUAGAGAGAGACAGGAACAAGACGAAACAAUCUAGAACAAGAAACCAAAACAUACACCACUUCUGUUUUUAAAAAGGUAAAAAAGAUCAAGAAGAAACCAAAGAAAAUCAGACAGCAACAAGAAAAGAUCAGUUGUUAAGAGAAGGAAAGUAGGAAACGGGUCAGAUUGUUAGAUAGAGAGAGGAAGCGAAGAAAAAGAGUCGCAGUGUUCUUUUUCCACUGCGUGUGAGCAGAGAUAGUGACAGAAGAUUUCGAAAAAAUCUAUUUUGGAUUUGUUUUUGUUUUUGGUUUUAUAGCAAUUAGGAUCCAUCUUCAUCUUUCUCUAUCAAAGCUCAGAUUUGUGUAGAUUUAUGGGUUAUGUACAUUGGAGCUUUGUGCUGUGACUUUUAUUUUUUUCUAUUAAAUUUUUUUAUUUUAUUUUAUUUUUGGGAUUAGGGUUUUGGUAUAAUCAGCUGUGGCUACAACGAGGAGGCAUAAUCUACCGACGUCGGAUUCCGGUGCGUUCACCGACUGGGCGGCCACGACGACGACACCUUCCCGUGCCACCGAGGAUCUCUCUCUUGGUUUCAAUGCUGGUUCCUCCGUCAUCCACGGUGGUUUAGGCUCAGCUUCCGUCGCCGCCGGCGUUCCAUCAUGGCCUCCGGGAUCUUCUGUCCGUUACGGCCUACCUUCUUCGGCGGCGGCGACGGAGAUGGGCAUGGUUGGUCUAAGAGAUGUAUUCCUUGUUGCUCCGGCUUAUCACCACCAGAACGCCGGAGUGAUAUCUGGAUCCGAUCAUAUGAACAGUAAUGCAGCUGCGGCGGCGGCGCUCGGUGUCGGAGUGAUUCCUCUACUCACGGCGGGUACACCGCAGCAAAACGUGGAAGACUCCGACAUUAACUUCCUCGGAAACAACCGGAGAUGGCAGAAUAACAACAACAACCACGAAACGCAGUAUCUUCACUUCAAGAGUACUAACCAGACAACGGUCGGAACGAGCUCGAACAACUCGGGGUCUGGCUCAGGCGCAUCAGGAACCGCCACGUGUCAAGACUGUGGAAAUCAGGCGAAGAAAGAGUGUAAGCAGAGGCGGUGUAGGACUUGCUGCAAGAGCCGUGGCUUUGAUUGUUCUACUCACGUGAAGAGCACGUGGGUCUCUGCUGCUCGGCGGAGAGAGAGGCAGGUCAUGCCUACCGGCGCUAAUCCAACGGCUGGCUCGUCUCUUUCGACCUCCUCCGGGACGAAGAAGCCGAGGAUCGUAGGGUCUCAACAACAACAACAACAACAAGCCACUUCUCAUACUUCAACUUCUAACACACCACCUCAAAGUUUCGAGACCAGCUCCAGCCGACAAGACGGAGGAGGGUCAAGGGAAGCAUGGCCAGGGCAGGUUAGGGCAGCGGCGGUGUUCAAGUGUGUUAGAGUAACGGCAGUGGAGGACGGGGAUGAUGAGUACGCGUACCAAGCGGUGGUGAAAAUCGGCGGCCAUGUCUUUAAAGGAUUCUUGUACGAUCAAGGGCUUGAACCAAAAGAAGGUUUUCCUAGUAUGUCGGAUUUGCAUUUAGGUGGUUCAGCCAAUAACCAUAACGGAGUUUCUGCCUCGGCGCCUAUUCUCGACCCGCCUAAUGUUGUUUAUGGUGGUGGUGGAGGUUCAGGCGGUGGGUUUUACAGUUAAACCAAAUUCAAGAAAGUUUACUGUUUUAAAGAAAAGAUUUUCUCUAAUGUUUUUAUCCAGUGGGGUUAGAUACAAACGAAUAUUUCACUGUUGUAUGAAUUGUCCAUUUGGACAAACUACUUCUAAUGCUGCAACAGACGACGUAUCGACAGAUUUUAUUUUACUUAACUGGUAGUGUAUAAACACCUAACGUUUUGCUUGAAAUGGCGUUUUUUUUAAGUAUAGAUCUCAUGUAUUCCUAGGACUGAAACACCCGCACGAAAAUAUGCGGCAACUCAUACAUAAAACCAUAUUUGUUUGUU